AUGUCGUUAACGCCCAGGUCUUUCAAGCUGAACACAGGGGCAAGCAUUCCAGUGAUCGGGUUUGGUGCGUGGGCCGGAAGAGAUCCUGCCAUUCAGGCAAAGGCGACCUCAUGGAUAUUCGCCGCUAUUCAAGCCGGAUACAGACAUCUAGACACAGCAUGGAUAUAUGGUACGGAGAAGCCUGUAGGUGACGCCAUAAAGGCCUCUGGGGUACCUCGCGAAAAGCUGUUCGUCACAACCAAACUUCCAUGGAAUCAUACAAAACGUGUGCAAUGGUCAAUAGACCAGAGUCUCAAGAACGCAAACCUAGACUAUUUUGAUCUGUAUUUGAUGCACUGGCCGCACUGUGUAGUUCAUGAUGAAAAAGAACCACGCCCUCGCGAUCCAGAUGGUCAGCUAUUACUUGACGACACUGGUAAUUUUAACGAGACCUGGGCCGAAAUGGAGAAGGUUCUCGCCAGUGGUAAGGUGAAAGCUAUCGGCGUCAGCAAUUUUUCUAUCAAGACAUUGGAACAACUUCUGACAACUGCAUCUAUCCUUCCAGCUGCUAACCAAGUUGAGAUGCAUCCCUAUCUUGCACAGAACGACCUCCUAGCUUUCUGUAGGGAAAGAGGAAUCCUGGUUACAGCUUACGCUCCCACCGGGUACACGGUUGUGCGCGAAGAUACGACAAUUGCAGAGAUUGCAGUUAAAUAUGGGGCAACUCCCACACAAAUCAUCCUUUCGUGGCACGUAGGUCGUGGAACAGUCGUCAUUCCAAAGAGUGAGAAUAUUGAACGGCAGAAGGAAAACCUCGGGAUCCUUGUCUUACAGCCAGAAGAUACUCAGCGAAUAGAUGAUCUUGACAGGAACCAAAGGGUAUGCAAUAAACCAGAUGAAGUAGGAAAGGUAUGGGGGUGGACAAUGGACCGACUUGGGUGGUAA